AUGGGAAUUAUGGAGAUAUUUGAAUUAUCUCAAGUGUCUCGUCGAGUACUGAACCUCUUGAAACUAUCUAGAAUUCCGGUGGCUAGAUCGGUUAAUGUUUUAAUUGGUAAAAUGGAUUCAAUAUUCUUCUAUGAACUCGGCAGUUCUACAAAAAAAGACUUCGCGAUAGAUUUUGUUGAGAAACCUCAAUCGAUCACCGGUCAGAUGAAAAUUAACAAUAUUUGCAUAGAUGUUAGAUCGAAAUACACUGUUGAACUGGAAACCAUCGAUUGUGAGAAUGGAAGGGAUUUCAGGAACAAGGAUGGACAACUGGCUACUGUGGUUCAUUAUUCAAAAUUCUUGGUUUUUUUGGUUUGGAAUGACAGAUUCCCAGAAUAA